UAAAUAUGACUGCAAGGACAUGCUCUCUAAAGGCACUCUCGGACUUGAAUCCAGCACAGUGACUCCAUAGGACCCUGCUCUGCCAUGAAGUUGGUGGUUCUUUUCCUCCUGGGGGUCACCUUCCUGGAUCCGUGUGGAGUUCAAGGGACCCUAAUAAUAAGGAACCAGCGUUGUUCCUGCAUCAGCACUAGCCAGGGCAUGAUCCACUACAGAUCCCUAAAAGACCUCAAGCAAUUUGCCCCAAGCCCUAACUGCAACAAAACUGAAAUCAUUGCUACACUGAAGAAUGGACAUCAGACCUGUCUGGAUCCACACUCAGGAAACGUGAAGAAGCUGAUGAAAGAGUGGGAGAAGCAGGUCAGCCAAAAGAAAAAGCAAAAGAGGGGGAAAAAACACCAAAAGAACAAGAAAACCCGAAAAGCUAAGCCCCAACGUCCCCGUUCAAAGAAGACGACAUAAAGAGACCGCUUUACAAACAA